CGGUAUACAUAUACUCUGCGCGAGACUAGCUUCAGUUUCCUGAUUUCCUGAUGUGCAGGCGUAUCUGAACAUGAACCAAAUUAACAUUAUAUUAUCAACUAGUUUACCUACCAGGUUGGAAUUUCGAACAGUCAAUCGCGAAAAAAUUGUAAAAUUUCUUUUUUUUCACUGUUCGUCGUUGUUGGCGCUUGUCAUGUUUACAUAGGACGAUCACGUGCGAUUGGAAAACAUUUAUCACGCACUGGUAAUAUAUUUAUUUAAUUGUCAAUUUUUUUGUGAUUUUUCGAAAUUCGAAAUGAAUGAGUCGUUUCAACUAGACGUCUGGAAAGGGGAUUGGGGCCUUCCUUCUGUCGAUCUUAAGUGCUUAAAUAUUUUGGUCUAUGCCAAAUUUAGUGGAGUACCGCUCAAGAUAAAUCCUACUAAUAAUCCAUUUCGGACACCAAACGGUGCGCUACCUGUUCUCCGAUGUGGUAGCGAGACUUUAGACUCAGUGAAAGAUAUAACUGCAUUUUUUCGAAAAAAGAAUUACACAGCUGAUUUUAGUCUUACUCCUAAACAAUGCGCUGAGGUCGUCGCAUAUGAUACUAUGCUUAAGGAGAAAAUUUACCCGGCACUGCAAUAUGUUUGGUGGGUUGAUGUAAAGAAUUACAAUGAAUUCAUACAGCCAUGGUACGCCAAAGCACUACCUUUUCCUUUGAAUUUCUUUUACCCUGGUAAAUUUGAAAGACAAGCUAGGAACAUGAUGGAAUCGCUGUACCCAACUGAAGGCGAAAUCAGUGCCAUAGAAAAUGCGGUGUAUUCUGAAGCACAGAAGUGCUUGACACUGUUAUCGACUCGGCUGGGAGAAAGAGAGUAUUUCUUUGGCCCUCACCCUACGUCUCUGGAUGCAAUAAUCUAUUCAUAUCUUGCACCUUUGUUAAAAGCUCCACUGCCAAACCCUGCAUUGCAAAAUCACCUCAAAGCCUGCACAAAUUUAGUCAAGUUUGUAACUCGUAUAUCUCAGAAAUACUUUCCGGACAUAUGUCAAGAAUAUGAGAGGAAAAAAGCUGAAGAAAGUGUUAGAAAAAUGCGAAGAGAUUCAGAGAACGAAUUUCCCCACAAGAAGAGAAACCAAUUCCUUGCUGGCGUUUUUGCUACUGUAGCCAUGGUCGGUUAUGCUUUAUCCACCGGCAUUGUUGAGGUAACAAGAAAUGAUGACCGGAUGUUGGAAGGGCCACCGGACUACAUGCUUGAAGAUCACACUAGAGAUGAGUAGUAUUUCGAUAUCAAAUUGAAUUUUAAUCUCCAGAAGUGAAAACAAUAAAAAUUGUAAGAUGUUAAUAAAUGGCCUUUAUUUUGGAAUAAUGUUUACCCGCAAACUAGUACGUAGUCGUUCAAUACUGUAAAUCACAACUUUUUAAAUCACUAGCUGUUUCUUUCAACUGAGAUUAUUCGAGUGAUUUAGUUUAGACUUAUAAUCAAUAUUUGCAGUUAUACGGUGAAGUUACUCAGAUAAAUUUUCAUAAAAAAAACAGUUACUAUCACGGUGCAACGUAUUAUAAACGGACCAAUGAUUAUGAAAGAAAAUAAAAAAGAAUGGCUUACA